UAAAUACUAAAGUGAAUAAAUGAUAUGUGAACUAAUUUUGCUCUUUUAUGAUAAGACACUUCACAAUAGGAGAGCAUACUUUAUGUACACAUGUGCGCUCUGACUGGAAAUCCCUGUAAAGAGAGCUUCCAUCCCGUCUCUUUAUUUGUAAUCUUGUCCCCUCUCGUUGGAAGCAAUGAAUCAACUUCAAGACUCAGUUGAGUUACAGAGAUGAACGAGGAGCCUCACGCCUUUGAAAAUCCGGUUGCCAAAGCCCAAAGAUCCGGCGAUGCGGAUCCGGAAGUUGGCAGCACAGGUAGCGAGAAGAGUCGCGGUUCCGAAGCGUCAGCCAUUGCAGCGGAUGAAGAACUUCCAGUAAAUCCCCCCCAGUCACUGGGCAUAUAUCUUCUGGAACCAUUUAUUUUGAUCCUGCUCUUUGCCUACAACUUUUCAUCAACUGUUCUGAAGAAUAAAGUAAUCUACCAAAGCUGCACGGCGGGUUUCGGGUAUCCGGACAGCGUUUGCCAGCUUCUGGGCACCAAAAACACCACGAAUGAGACAAUGAAAAUUGAGCAGCAGGUACAACCAUAUGCUGCAAAGGUCACGCUGGCUAUGCGGUUAGUGGAGUGCUUUAUUCCUGCUUUUUGUGGACUCUUUGCUGGAUCCUGGGCGGACCGCUUUGGACGCAAGCCCCUUCUCUUGGGCUCCUUUCUAGGCUACGGCCUUCAGUAUCUCAUUUCAGCUGCGAUUGCCUACUGUGCCAUGCACACCCAAGGUCUUGUCAGUCCCUGGUGGUAUGUGCUCUCCAUCGUGCCGCUCUCCUGCUUGGGAAGUAGUGUCACCUAUUCAGUGGCUGCCGUCUGCUUUAUUGCCGACGUCUCCGACGGCAGAGCUCGAUCUUACAGGAUGAUCGCCUAUGAAUUGGCCAUAUAUGUGGGCCUGCUCCUUGGUAGCCUUGGAUCUGGUUAUGCAUACGAGGCCACAGACGCCUACAUUGUGUUCAGCAUUUCCGCAGCUUGCGUUUUCACGGCUCUCCUUCUGAUGGCACUCCUUCUUCCGGAGAGUUUGCCCGUCUCGAAUAGGACACUAUCAACUUCAUCGACUGACACUAGUGUGGUUUCCAUGCUGAAAAGUUUGGGGACCACCUGCUCUAAGCCCCGGGAGCACCACAAUCGCUUCAUGCUCAUUACCAUCAUGGUAGUACUGCUCCUCACUGCAUUUGUAUCAGACGGCAGCAACGCCGUGUUCUAUAAGUUUAUGAGGAUAAAGUUCCAUUGGACCGUAAAGCAGUUCACUGAAUACGAGACCGUCGGCAUUUUGGUCCCGGCAGUGGCUGGAUCAGGAGGAGUUUUCUUCAUUUGGUCCCUCCGCAAGUGCACCAAGUCGGCGGUCCUGUGGCUGGCAAUGGUGUCUCUGAUGAGCCACUGCGCCAGCAGCCUGAUGAAGGGCUUCGCCUGGGAGAGCUGGCAGAUUUACGUAGCCAUUGGGUUGGGGGUUUUCAAGUCCCUUGCGAACCCCAUGUGCCGCUCCAUGAUCACCAAUCUGCUGCCGGCUGAUGAACGGGGUAAAAUCUUCGCAUUGCUUGGGGUCUCGCAAGCACUUUCCCCCCUCAUAUCUUCCACUUUGUACGUUGCCAUCUACACCCAAACACUGAACACGGAGCCGGGCAUUUUCAAUGUGUUUAGCGCCUUUUUAUUUGGCAUAGGUAUUGUUCUGCUGGGCACGGUUUGGCAAAAAAACUCGAGAAAUCAGGCGUACUAUGAGCCGGUUUUUAAAUGAUUUAUGACCGAAUCACAGUUUCGAGAGGAAUGGAAGAAAGCGCCAGUCAUGCCCAGAUUUGGCUAUCAGUUACACGGUGGACUGCCUUUGGGAACUCCCUCGACUACCUCUUAACGCAAAGUCCACUCAUCCGUCUAUUCAAACUUAUUUACAUACUCAAUUGCGGCGCAGUAACCUAUACAAAUUCAUGCGGAGAUUAGAGUUUUUGGAAUUGCGCUUGGCUAGUAUCUGGAGAUCUUACUCUCCUUCCCUGGGGAAAAAUCGUUUAAUUACAGAAGCAAAAUAUUUUCUCAUUAACAAAAAUGUGGGUUAUUAUUGCAGCAAAGCUGUGGCGUGUGCGGAGUCACUUGACAAUUCUUACGGAAUAUCUAUAAAAAUGUUAGGAUGUGCAUACUUUUGUAUGCCCAACGACUGGUGCUAACUACGGAUUUGAGCGAACGCUAAUUCCACUCGCUAAUUUUAAAUUAGUCGCCAGGUUUUUUACACCCUUGAUCAAGAUCGGUAUUAUGGUCGCCAUACGCGAAAACCGAAUGAAACUCAAUUUACGCACGAAUUUAGUGCCCCAACGGAGCAGAACGAAAUCCCUGCAUCUCCGUGUGGAUUGGAGCCGACCCUAUCGCAUGAAUUGUCAUCAGCCCAAUUAAAACGAAUGUACAAAAUUAUCAACAUCAAAUACAAUUAUUACUAUGGUAUUUUAUUCUUGCAUAAGCCUAAUAUUCAAUUUUGCGAUUUAUUUGGUUUAUUUCCUGAUAAAA